CGUGCGAGCGCGGCCACCCGCGAGCCGCCCUCAGCGUGCUGUCGUUCCGCGGCGACAAGCCUGACGAUGAACAUUCCAUCUACGCACGCCCGCCGCUGCCACAACAUGAAAUAUCGACUAUUCGUUUACAGCGGUGUUCAUCGUUGGAGCGGCCAUCCGUGCCCGCUAAGUCGACCAACGCCAACACUGGGCAGUCGGAGUUUAAACCCACCAAGCCUUCGUCGCUGCCGCCGCAUCUCACUAAAGACAUGCCAGCGCUGUACGUGAACCUGUCCGAGCUGGCGACUUUAGCAGCGGCGCGGGCGCACCACCACGCCACCACGGCCACCACUGCUGCGGCUGCCGUUGCCGGCGACCACCCGCACCAGGAGAAGGUGUGUUCAGAGAGUAGCGCCAGUGAAUCCUCGCUGGAGUCCUCGAGUGGGUACGGAAGUCAAGGUGCCUUUGCUGCUGAGGAGCACGCCCAUCAGCUCCAAGCGCAACAGGCUGAUGUCGAAUCCGAGAUCGUGACGUUGAGACGAGAUUGCGACGCGCAAGUCGCGGCCGCUCGCGAGAGCUUCUCUAUCUCUCUCGGGAGUCUAGAAGAAGCUGUGAGGUCGCUGGACGAGGCCUCCGACAGUCCGCCCUUCGCCACUAUAGGCAAGAAGCCGGCGGUGCCCAAACGGCGGCCCGUCUCGAUGGCAGCGACAGUUUGGUCUCGUCGGGGCUCAUCAAGCUCGCUCGGGAAGCCGCCGCCGCCGGUGCGAAGGUCCUCGUCCAUAUCGAGGCCGCAGCGACCUGCUUAUGGCCAGGGCAACUUACAAAGCCCACAGAUGGGCUCAACGGACACCGACAACCUCCCGCCCCCGCCGGCAUUUUUACUGCAACCAGAUAACGAAAAUGCGGGACACCAAUCCAUAAACGUGGCUGAAACUGUAAAACAACUAACCGAAUUGAAACACAUGCCGGCCUCCCCCGGUCUCGUCAGACGCAGCCUUCAACAGCUCCAGACCAGCCAGACGAACCAGUCCAGCCAAAUGAAUCAGACGAAUCAGACAAAUGCGAACCAACCGUCGCUGAGCACUUUCCAACAAGCGAAGAGUAACUUCUCAUCAAACACCAGUCUGAACAGUACUGGCAAUUUGAACCCUAUAUACGGGCAGACAGGGCACAGAAUCAUGGCCUACGUGGAGAAUUCGGUAUACGUGAGAAAGAAUAGUUUAAAUAGCUCAAAUUCGGAUCUGUUCAGAGAUGGGAACGCAGGCGGAUCACCGCACGGCUCCAGUCCCUCUACGCCCAGUUACGGGGAGAACAAUUCGUUUUCCAGUUUCGGACCAAGAGUAUCUAAUGAAUCGCAUUACGGACAAACUGGAUUCAAACUACAACAAGAGAAAAAAUACGGUCAAAGCAACACUAUAUACGCGCAGCCGUCGCAGAUAAUCGCCGGCUUCAACAGCAUGGCGCGCCACGACGCGCUCAGCCCGCUCGCCGCGCGCCGCUCGCUCGCCGCGCGCUCGCAUAGCGCCGACCGACACGCCGACCAAGGUGGCUUAAUAGCAAGUUUAAGCGCUAAACUAGCACCUCAAUUGUCACCGAGAACGACCCGCCGCGCCAUAUCGACCAUCACCGCAGCCGAUUCACCACCGAAAACGAAAGGCGCGGCGCCGGCGGCGGCGCAGGCCGCGUUCCUGGACAAGCUGUCGGCCACGCUGCAGCGCCGCCACGCCGCGCCCGCCUCGCGCGCCGGCGCCGUGCGCGACCGCAUCAACGCGCGCGCGCAGCCGGAUCCACGCGUGUGCCACACGUCCCUGAUGGAACAAAUCAAACGCGGCGCGACGUUGCGUCGCAACAAACACUGCAACGACCGAUCUGCGCCUAAGAUACGCUGAAUUUAUUAAUAAAUUUAUCAUUAAUCUUCAUAAUUAUUACUAAGGAAAAUGUAUGAGAGAUUACCACAGAUAUGAAUUGAAACAGAUGGAGUAAAGGCAACUAUUUUAUCGGUGGCAUUUUAGGACUUUGAAUUUACUGUUAGCUCAGGGACGUAAAGAUAGCUGUGUUAUGAGUAUACCAAAGUUUUUCUUCUUGUUUUAUCUCGCUGUAUUGAAUUGUUAUUAUAUGGUGAAUUCCCUGAGGUUUCUGUUACGACACAUCGUAAAAUAUUAGUUUCGAGAAUGCUCGACAUGUGUGAACUUACUUACUUGUGUGAACGGUGUAGUUAGCAUUCAUUUGACUAUGUACAAUUUUUUUUUGCUAAAAUGACUUUGCUCAAAAGAAUCUACUUGGACACCGGAUGAAUUAAUUUCGCGAUUCCUACAUGAGAUUUAUUAAAAAUGUUUACAGCUCUUAUAAAUUUUUGUUAUAAAUGGGGUUUGCUGUCAAAUGUAUACCUCCGUAUAAGUGCGUAAUAUUAUAUAUAACCAAUUUCAAUUGUGUAAAUAUAAAACUUCUAAUACAAAAAUAAUUUACGUCAUCUGUCUCUAUCUAUGUCUGUGGGAAUUACAUACAAUUAUCAUCCACGUAAGUACACUGUUAUGUUAGAAAAUCCAUAAACACAGAUUUUCAUUUUCAAAAUCAAAAUUUACCAUGUAAUAUGAAAUACAAAUUAUAACGUCUCUCAUACAUUUUCUUUAGACAUUAAAUAUAUCAUAUGAUUUAUCUUGAUACGUUAAAAAAAAUAUUUUAAUAUUUGUAAAUGAAUGUACGAUCAACGCAAUAUAGAUGUUGUAAGCACGUUAUGACAUAUCUAUUAGUGCUCCAGUGACGACUAUUUCAUUAAAUAUAUAUUUCUUAUAAUACACAUAAACGUUGAGACUGUCACGCACACAGAUACAUUAUUUUGAAAUGUUUAUAUGCAAAAAAAAAGAAAGAUUUCUCAAUGUGUGCUUGUUACAUUUUUCGUGACGAUUCAUUUCUUAAUAAGGGAGAUAUUAAGAUCUUGUGAUGUCUUCAUCUCUCUCCCACUAAUACAUAUUCAGCGUCUUAUAAUUAGGUGUGGAUAAUAUGCAGCAAUAUCUGUACUAGUUACAAUAUCUGUAUAUUGGUCCAAUAACGAAUAUGUUAAAAGUCUGUUAUUCAAAAAAAUUAUAUUGAAUAACAGAUAUAUAUUUGAAAAUAAAUAUCCGUCCGAUAUGGGCGAUAUCGAAAUGGGUGAUGACCUUGUUUCCGCCAUUAAUGUCCAAAGAAACCCAAUAUAUAGAUAUCGGAUCGUUAUCCAUAUUACCCAUGCCUAAUUGUAAUGUUGUCCUCUCCCUCACACUUAUAGAUAGAAUUAUGAAAUGUAAAAAAAGGUUUCCGAUUGUAUUCACUUUGCGAGACAAUACAGAAGCACUAACUAGUUAUUAGAUCAACUAAUGUAAUGUCGAUCAUAUCAAUAUAACCGUCAUAGAAACUUAACAUUUAUACUAUAAACUUGAUUUUGUAAAGUGUUUCAGAAUAACUGCUCCACUGAACUCUUUAAUGGCUUACAUAUCAACAAAUUAAACCGUAACACGUUCUAUCCAGUGGUUCGAUUCUCGUAAAGGUAAACCGUAAAAAUUCCGGUUUUUAUACACGUCACCUGUCAAAUGACUUGUUAACCGUAAAACGAAAUAAUGUCUCCAAAUAUGUUUCUCUGUACUGUGCUGACUUUAAAUAUAUAAAGAUAUAUUUAAAAAUCUAUAAUAAUAUCGAAUAUCAAUAAAUAGUUUGAAAUAUUUGUAAAUUAAUCCUUUUAUAAAAACUUACUUCCAACAAACCCUUUUUUUUUUAACAGUUACAGUGCUUUGUCACUUUCUUUCACAUCGAGAAAUUAAUACAAAAGAAUAAGACAAAAUAUUUUAAAUAGCUAAAAUAGGUUUUCCGACACGUUUGACGUUUUUAUGAAUAAGCGUGUUAACCCUUAACGGUCGACUUUCAUACCAACAUAGUAAACGCACUGGGGUACCAUUUCACCACAGUUGAAAAAUCAAUUUGGGUACUGGAAUAUACAAUAUUAGACCUCUAAAAAAUUUGAUAUAUAUUCUAUAACAUAUCUUUAUUCUUUUCUUACGAGACUAAAUCACUUUGACUAUCUGUAUAUAUCAGAAGAAGUAUGAUUCUUAGCUUAAUCCUUAACGUAGCUUAACCCUCUCAUUUUUCAACGUCAAACUUGUUAUAAAUCUAUUUUAGUUAUUUUGUCCUUUUGCUUUAACAAUCUUAAUUUGACAGACACAAAACACUCUAAUAAUCGAAACAGGUUUGUGAAUUUGUUACAGAUUUUAUGAAUAAAUGGGUAAAUCUUUAAAUUUGCAUUUCUUUUCGGCUGGGGUAAUCAUUCACCAAUUGUCACCGCUAAAGGUUAAUAAAUAAAAAAUGAUUCGAUUGUAUCACGAUUGAACGAAUUUAGAAUCGGCAUCAUUAAAUGAUGGUGAUACGAAUGAUUGCUACAACCGAUAAGCUACGACUGCACAGCGGUUAACGUUACAAGAACCGAGCCACUGAUUCUACGAGUGAGUAAAUCGUAAUCGCGUCGUGUAAAUGUGAUAUUUUAAUAAUUAGCAAUAGAGUUGGCAACUGUUCAAUUACAUAAACAAUAAUUAAUAUUUUUAUUUAUUGCACAAUAAAACUUUGUAGUGGCGAGCCAAAUGUCACAUGGCAUUAUCUACCAGCUAAUCAUUGGGUAAAAACAGAAAGCGUAUGAAGGGCAAAUGUAGUGAAAAAUAUGUAAAAUAAUUAUAGUACGUACUGAAAUAAUUAUACGUAUAUAUAUAUAUAUAUAUAUAUAUAUAUAUAUAUAUAUAUAUAUAAUACAUAUACAUUGCCUUCGAUAUAUAUGGAUAUACUAAUAUAUGUAUAAUUUAUUUAUGGUAUUAUACAUAAUACCACAUUGGAACCCCCAUUAGGUGAAAAGGUGUUACCUAAUUAAUAAUAAUAAUAGUCAUAUUUUGUUUAAUUAAUUCCAUAAUUAAUUAUACACAAUAUCUUAUUAAUACAUAUCAGUGAGUAAUUGUACAAAAUUUUUAUAACAGAAAAAAAAGAAAUGGUUAGACACUUGACAAUUUAUUACAUAACUAGCUGACCCCGUAAACGUUGUUUUACCACUUAUUGCGAAAUAUUAAAAUCGCGAUUAAAAUACAGGGGUUGAUUGUAAAACGAUGAAAAUUUAAAGUUGUAUGUAUUUUUAAAAUUAUAAAUUUGGCAUUGAAAAAUACAUAUAAAAAUAUAUAACAAUAAAAAUAAAAAAAAAAUUGUCAAAAAAAUUUAAAAAAAUAUUUUGGGGUAGGUCAUCUUUAUCAUUGACGGGUAUAGAUAUUCGGGUAUAGAUAUUAUUUCAAAAAAUUUAAUUUUUUUGAAAAACUGUAAAAAAUAAAUUUACAUUUUUUUUAUAUACCACAAAUAAACAAACAUACAGCCCGUCGAAUGGUAAACGGUCACUGUAGCCUAUGAACGCCUGCAGCACUGUUUUUCAACAUUUUCGUUAUGCACUUUUUAAAACUAUACAUACAUAUCUAAACAUAUAAAAAAUAAGGCCUAACCUAUAAUAAAAAUUAAAAAAAAAAACAGUAAUCUGAUAAUUUAUAAGCUUUUAAAAAGUUUAAAUUUUUAUGAUAAAAUUAUUAGCGUCAAAUUCAAUAUGGCUAGGCCUAUUAUACCAUGCUGGUUAAAUGGUUUAUUAUAUACAAAUAUAUAUAUAUAUAUAUAUAUAUAUAUACGAAAUACAUAUAUUACUAUAUUAAGUACAGAUGUCCUUAGUGUCAAUGACGGGUGCUUGUUGCCAUGGAAACGAGUGUUGACCGUUUCCUAUUGGCAGUUGGAUAUCGCGUCGUAAUCAUCAAUGUAAUAUCAUUACAUAUAAUAAAAUUGUAACCGGUCGCUGUCUGUACAUGGAAGAUAUAUAAGAAAAACAACUAUAGGUGGGCUUUAUGAACGCAAUAGAACACAGAACAAUGAUUUUUAGAAUUUUUGUGUUUGUUUGUACGUUUGUGCACGCUAAUCUCAGAAACGUAUUGGCCAAUUUGAAUGCGGUUUCAUUAAUUUGUUGCGGUUUUCUCCACUUAACAUUUAGUGUUUGUUUUAUUUCAAUCGGUUCGUAAAUAAAAAAGUUAUAAUAAUUUAAAGAAUCACAUAUAAAAUGCUAUAAAAAGCAUAUGUAGUAGGAGACUUUAUAUACUAAUUCAUGCGAGUGCAGCCGCGGGAUACUGCUAGUUUUCAAUAAAUAUAUACAGUAUAAUACUUAUGACAGAUAUGUAUGUAUGUGUGUAUGUAUGUAUGUAUAUAUGUAUGUGUGUAUGUAUGUAUGUUUGUAUGUAGUAUAAUUAUUACAAUGGUCAUGUUUGUUAUUUGUGUAGAUAACUGGGUAUUCAGUGGUUUCACGUUAUAAAUGACGUCACAGUGUAGCUGUCAGUGUGACGUAGUAUCUGUUCAUGCGAUCACUCUGUACCCACGUGCUAGCGGCCGGUACUGUUUCUGUUUGCCAACCGACUUCUAAAGAGAGGUUCACAAUUCGUUUUGUUUUUAUGUUUGUUACGUCGUAACUCCGUCGGUUGUGAACCGAUUUGGACAAUUCUUUUUUUACCUAAAAGGAUAUACUUGUAGAUUAAAUAAAUAAUUAUCAUACAAUUUUAACAUAGGUUCACCAGGGGGAGACUUUACAAAAGUCGAUUGCUUGGGUACCUCUGUCCCAUUUGUGUUUCAACCGUGAAGCAAUUGUGUUUGCAUGGCUGUGUUUCGAUUUGAAGGGUGGGAUAUGACGUGAAUUUACUGGGUACAGAGGAAUAACACCUGAGUCCUCAGGAAUGGCAACGCAUGGGGGGGUAUCAUGGGCGAAACAAUAUACUCUGUUAUGUCCAUGGUACUGCUCAUAUCUAUAGGCGACAGUUACCACUUUCCUCAGGUGGGCCGUCAGCUUGUUUGCCAUUCUAAGUUGUAUCAAAAAAAAAAUGUUAAAUGUGUAGCCUAUUUUAGCUAAUGAAGUAUUUUGUCUUUUUAUUUUCUCAAUUCGAAAAACAAGGACAAAAGACUCCAAUGGCUAAUAUUAUAGGUUUGUAGGACAUUAUAGCUUUUAUGAAUAAGGGGGUAAUUUUAAUACUAACUAAUGGGGAAUUACCUUAUUAUAUACAUAUGUAUAAUAAGUUCAGUAUAUUAAUUGUAUAUUUUUUUUUAUACAACUUAGAAUGGCAAACAAACAACAACAAUAAUGGUGGUAAUAGACCACAGAAUGGUAUACCGGUAAAGUAGGCUAGCUAAAAAUAAAACUAUACCAAACCAUGUGGCCAUCACAGUAAUACGAGCUUGCAUCCUCCUCUUAUUUUCUUGUAUUAAGUACAAUUUAAGGACUUUAUUUCUAAGAAAAGAUAUUUGGCAAAACUAUUAAGAACGGGAACAUUUAUUAUUCAAGUAAACUUGUUUACAAGCAUUUUUGAAUGAAUAGUCAUUUUUUUAUCAACUAUCGCCCAUUUGUAAUACAAUAUUAGCUAAGAAGAAUGGACAAGAAACUCAAUUGUCGCUUAUUUUUAACAAAAGUUGAUUUUACAAUUGUAAAUUUGUAUCAAUGUAAACAGCAAAAAAGCGAGUGUGGGACUAACAUAUCAAUACACCCUAUCAGACCGACCUCCACGCGUUUCCCCCUGGAAACUAUCGUGGUUUAUUCUAAUGGAUUCUAUUCUAUUGGAAUUCGUCACGAUUAGCUAACUGACCUACCUUUUCAUCCUCACCUUUCAUCCCUCACUGGUGCCUCGCCAGCGUAUACCGUUAGUGCAAGACUGGGCUACCAUUCCAUUAUCACUCAUUAAAAAAACCAUGGGUAUACAGCCAGAUUUUUAUUGAAAAUAAAAUUUGUUCACAAUAGUACAAAGAUACAGCGUAACACACACAGGACUUAGUCGGCGGCGAACCUCCUUUAUCGAAAUCGGUUAACAACAUUUCAGAAUAUUACGUAUUUCAUUGUAAAUAAAAUGAUUAUAACAAAAUUGAAUACCUAUUGACUGUGUAGUACAUUUAUUACGUAAAUUAUGUUAUUUAUUAUACAUCAAGAGCAUUAACCACAAUUUACUUAAUAAUCUGUUUAAAUUUGAAUUUACAAACACUAAAAUUUUUAAAAUAAGGAGCAUCUCAAUUCGCCUAUGUUGCAACGUCACAUUUGUACGUCAUUUUUCAAAAACGGUAGUUUUUUUUAAUUGGUUAUUUAAAAAAGAGAGAUAUUUCUCUGCCUAAGAAUGAAAACUUUAAUAAUCGAUUUACCAUUAAAGAUAUAAAUUUACCGUUAAAUUUUGUCACCUAUUUGAUUUACUCGUCAUCGGUAGGGAAUCCAGCUUUACAACCUAAGACCAGAAAGGUCACGCACAGUGCCGUUUCAAAGGAGCUUUCUCUCAUGAAUUAUCAGGUUGUGGAAAAAUCUUCCUGCAGAGGCAUUCUCUAAAGACUGCAGCAUGACGUUUUGCAAAAAGGUCGUAUCUACAGUGGUAUCUCGAUAUACGAGUGCCCUAAUAUAUAUAGCUGCGACGUUGCCACAAUUUGAUGGAUUACAGAUAUGAAUGCUCUUGAAAUUUACAGGGUACAGAGGUACACCUGAGUCCUCAGGAAUGGCAACGCAUGGCGGGUACCAUAGGCGAAACAGUAUACUCUGUUAUGUCCAUGGUACUGCUCAUGUCUAUAGGCGACGGUUACCACUUUCUAUCAGGUGGACCGUUAGCUUGUUUGCCAUUCUAAGUUGUAUAAAAAAAAAGGUCAGUUAGCCUGUCGUGAUGAAUUCAUCAGUAAUCACGAUGACCUUCAGGGUGAAUUGCGUAGAGGUCGAUCUGAUGGUGUAUAUUGUUAGCAAUGGGGUCAUUAGACCCCUUUAUUAAUGAUACAUAUGUCGUGUUAGUAUGGGAGGGUUAAAAUUUUAUCAUUUUGGGACUCUUGUUCGUUGGGGAAAACCAAAAAAAAAAAAAUUAGGAAACACCGAUGACGCUCUCUUGGUGACUUUUUGAAAUAAUUCCGAAUGGCAACUGUUAGGUCUGUACGGUUCAUACAUUUCCUUAAUGUGCAUACCUAUCUAUAUAUUUAUAAUAUUACAUACACGUAUGUGACUUAUUGACUAAGGGAAAUGACUAACUUUUUUUGUUAUUAUGACAAUGAUAAUACACUACCUUUUAAGGUUAAUUUUAUAGUUUUUAAAUCUAGCGUAUUAAAAAAAAAAAAAAAAAAAAAAGAAAGGAAAGUAUUAUAGACAAUCAAGUUCAUUAAAAAAAAGAAACAAAAAGACAAUAUUAUCAAUUUGUAACAGUUGGUAACAUGGCCAGCACUCAACGUUAUGGUAUGCCAGUCUAUUUACUGCCACAGCGCUGUUAUUCUGUGUAAGCUACACUUUUCGACUUUUUUUUAUUAACUUAAGUGGCGAACAAACCUUACCUUUUUGCCUAUUGUAUAAAAUAUUGUCUAUGGCAGAAUUAUGUUUUAAUACAUUGGGGGAGCUCUAGAUACUGUAUAUGUAUAUACUUGUGUAUUGGUACUGUGUCUGGAUAUUGUACUCACCUAGAUACAGUGUUUGGAUACACGAUUUGGAUACAGUAUCCAAAUACAAUAUGCUACAGAACGUAUUGCGACGCUGCGAAAAUGUAAAACGGCUAUCGUUUAUUUGACCACAGACGUUGUGUGACAAUAUAACGUUACUCAGUUUUUCCUUUUUACUUUUUUCUUUACAUAAAUAUGUAUUUAUUAUUAAAUUCAAUCAUAAAUACUGAGAAAUUUAAUAGGUAUUUAUAACAUAUUUCUUAUUGAAUGUAUCAGUUGUCAACUCUUAGUUAAAAAACGGUUUUUUUUUUAAAUUAAAAAAUAUCCAAAGUGUUUACUUACUCUAGAGGACGGUUUAUUAGUGGUUUACUAAGUGUAUUUUGUACCACGUUUCUUAAAAAAGCCUUCACAGACGAGACUUCUGUGGGUACAUCUUAACUUUUUCUUUUAAAAAUGAAACCAUACUUUUUGUCUCUCAUGUAAUGCGUAACUGUAAUUCUAACAGUUUAUUUUUAGGAAAAAAGUUCCCGUGAAUUGUCCUCGUCUGCGUAGGCCUAAAUUGUUUUCUUUUUCAAUUUAACAGUUAAAUUUAUACAUAGAUAAUAAAUCAGUGUUACACAUAAUUUUUUCUAACGCUUGUUUCAAACUAUGAAAUGGAUGACAACAUAUCUUUGUAAUCGGAACUUUGAAUUUAGAACUAGUGAUGGUGCGCGCGAAAAGUUCUCGCGGUUUUUUUUCAGACGCCAUCUUUGAAUUGUCUAUGCUCGUAGUCUAACGUUUACAGAUAAUAAUUUCAUAUAACAAGAAUAUUUAUAUAUGUCGUCAAAUGUUUAUAUAAUACACAUAUAUAUUUUAAAUAAAAUUAGCGUUUUUUAUAGAUAUUUUCAGUUCUUUUUUUCUAAGAGUGUUUGUAGUUGUAGUUAGAUGAAUACGACAAGGGCGGGAGGCUAACUUAAUUUAAUUAUUUUUUUAAAUGCAAGCUGAUUAAAUAAUAUAUAUCUUAUAACUAUAUAUUUGUGUAGAUACGCUCGUUCCUGUCUCUUUACUUUAUUAUUAAAUUUAUAAGGUGCACUAUGCGAAUGAAGGCAAAUAAUUAAUUCAGACUUUCAGUGACCAUAGUGCGUUCCUUACUAUAUUUUGUAAAAUGUAAUACAUAGAUAAGUCCAUAUAGAUUUCAUUUGGUAACGAGCAGUACUGAUAGUUUAAACUAAUCAUGUAGUGUAUAAGUGUGUUUAUAAUAAAAACGCUGUGUAGGGUAGCUGUUCUUACAUAUCUGAUUAAAUGAAACAUGUAAAAUGAACGUCCAAUGAUUCCAUGUCAUCGCUGCUAUUUCCUUGUUUUAAACGUGUUGUGGUAAUUAUUGCAUAUGUUCAUAAAUGUAUUUGAAUGGUUUAUUUACCUUAUUACGACAGAAGAGGAUUUUAAGACAUAAUAAGCUGUGACAAUCUAUUACAACAUUUCUAAUACUAUUUUCGAUAUUUUUAAAUGACAACAAAUUGCUCUGAACGUGAAACGUUAUAUAUAUAUAUAUAUAUAUAUAUAUAUAUAUAUAUAUAUAUAUAUAUAUAUAUAUAUAUAUAUAUAUAUAUAUAUGAAGAAAAUUAAUUAAAAUCAAAUUAUUGUUAUAAAAAAUUUGUAAUAGUGCUCUCGCCUACAGCCGCCUCGCCUUUCCAGCGACCACGUAGAAGUUGACUUGAUAGGGAUAUAAGGAAUAGAGAUCACAGUUACUACCCGUGCAGCCGGAGCCGAACAGCCGCAGCGUGGAAUUGUCAGUAAUGGGAAAUAGCAGCCAUAUUGCCCUUAAUUUAGAGUAUAUUUCAUUCUGCUUGCUUUUACAUUCUCACCCAAUGUCCUUCACUGGGGGGAACAGGAUUGUUAGUAGUGAGAGUUGACAGCCCCAUUGCUAGCAGUCAGGCCGACCUCCACGCGGUUCCCCCUGAAAACCAUUGUUGUUAAUUCUUGUUCUGUUGGUCACUAUGGGUCAACUGACCUGCCUUCAUCCUCACCUGUCACCCUUCACUGGUACCCCGCUAGCGUAUACUGAUAGCGCAGGUGGGGUUACCAUUCCAUUAGCACCCAUUAAAAAUAAACCUUCUUUAGGUCUCUUGUAUUGUAAUAUAUAUUAAGGAACAUAAAAAAAAAAAAAUGUGUAAAGAUGUUCAUAUUGUUUACCUCUUUACAAGUACGUCACGGGUAUAACUCUAAGGGCCGUUUUACGCAAGCGUACCGUACAAAAUAAGUCCCAACUCCACCACAGUUACACAACAGUCUUAUGACUAACUAUAUUUUACAACUUUUGCUUACAUUAGAGCGUUGAGUUCAUUAACCAUAGACACAACUGUGUAUCAUUGGUAAAGUAAUGACUAUGACGUCAUACGAAAUAUUUGAAUAUUUUUGUGCAGUAGAAUUAAAUUAAAAUAUAAUAAUGUAUGUGUAAUUGUGUCGCUUUAUCUAUUCAUUCAUAAAAUUUUUAUUGCCUGACAGACUUAAUAAUAAAGCGAUAUAUAUAUAUAUAUAUAUAUAUAUAUAUAUUUAAUUUAAUUCAUUCUAUUUAAUCCAUUCUAUUUAAUUUAAUUCAAUUAGAGCAGGUAUUUACACUCUUUCUAGGGACAAAACUGUAAAACAUUCUGUACAGCAAUAAUACCAGGAAGCGUAUACUGCGGGAAUUUAAUUAUGCGACGCAGUAAUGACACAUGCGUAUAACGAAGGAAAGGAAACUAGGAAAGUCACGCAUGCACUGCAUGAUCGACUUGUUACGUAGAAAAGACGAAUAGUACUGUACGUUCUACACGUGAUUAAUUUUUUUAAUACAUGAUAAUGAAAUGUAUUAAACAAAUCACAUGUAGCGUUCUCCUUUAACCAAAAGUUGUUUGUAAGAGAUUGACCGAGCGAUAAUACCGUCUUUUGUAUGUAUACUUUAAUCUGUACUUCAUGUUACUGUAUUUUAGUUUAAUUGUUUAUAUGUUAUUGUUUAUUUAUAUAUUUUUGCUACAAUAAAGAGUUAAAUAAAUUAAAAAAUAAAUCUAUUAGUAAAGUUGGUGAAAAAUCUAUGUGGAGAAUGAAGUCACGUCAGUUGGCUGGUUGUGAGAAAUUCACGUGAUAGUGUCUAGAGAUGCUACGUGGAGAUCGGGCGAAAGGAUUUUAUCAAUAGCGCAAUCAUUACUCUGUCACGUUUGCUCUGAAAGUACGUACUCUGUACAAAUUUAACGAGGUAAAAACUAAUAGUCCUCAAUGUCUAGUUGAAAGCCCAUUUUGAUUAACUAUUUCAUUUUAGUGUUCUAGCCAUAGUAAAUGAUAGGGGUGGGUAAUGUACAGCAAUAUCUAUAUAUUUUAGUAACAAAAUCUAUAUAUUUUAGGACAAUAUUUAUAUAUUUUAGUGACAAUAUUUAUAUAUUUUAGUAAAUAUAUCUAUAUAAUUUGGUAGCUAUAUCUAUAUAUUUUAGUAGCUAUAUCUAUAUAUUUUAGUAGCUAUAUCUAUAUAUUUUAGUAGCUAUAUCUAUAUAUUUUAGUAGCUAUAUCUAUAUAUUUUAGUAACAAUAUCUACAUAUUUUAGUAACAAUAUCUCUAUAUUUUAGGACAAUAUUUAUAUAUUUUAGUGACAAUAUUUAUAUAUUUUAGUAAAUAUAUCUAUAUAAUUUGGUAACAAUAUCUAUAUAUUUUAGUAACAAUAUCUAUAUAUUUUAGGACAAUAUUUAUAUAUUUUAGUGACAAUAUUUAUAUAUUUUAGUGAGAAUAUUUAUAUAUUUUAGUAGCUAUAUCUAUAUAUUUUAGUAGCUAUAUCUAUAUAUUUUAGUAACAAUAUCUAUAUACUGGUCUAAUAACGUAUAUGUUAAAAGUUUUAUCCAAAAAUAUCCAACGAUAUUGAAAUGGCUGAUGACUUUUUUCGCUAUGUACGUUCAAAGUAAUACAAUAUAUAGAUAUCGGAGCUGUACACAUACGAGUAUUACCCAUGCCUAGUAAAUAAUGCUGUUUUGAAUACUGUCUGAUAAAUGAAAUGUUUUAAUUACUACAACACGUUUGCAACGGUAACUUCCCUAAUAUGUUACUAAUAUGUGUUAAUUAAGAGGUCUGAUAAUUUGGUGAAAAUAAAUAAUAAUGUCCACAUGA